AUGAAUUUUAAAUUGAAUGAAAGGCAUAUUACAUAAUUAGAAGAAUUAGAAUCUUUAAAAGGAAAAUUAUAAUGCCCUUCAUCUAGAUCUCGUAAUCUUUCAUCAGAUAGAUAAUACACAUCUUCAUUAACAAAUGAUUUUAGAAGCACAAGAAAUAGUGAUUAAUAGAAGAAUACUUAAUCAGUUGAAAAAUGUAUUUCUUUAAAUUAUGAAUUAGUUUUGAAUCUCAAAUAAUAAAAUUAGAAUGUUAACAAUCUAUCUUAAUUAUGGAAAUAAUAAAAGUAACUCAUAUCCCUUACUUAAAGUUUGCAUGCAUAAAAUUCAAUAUGUAUUUUUGAUUUUAUUAUAUAUAUUUUUUAGAAGAAAAAUAAGAGGUUAAUCAUGACAUAUCUAAAUAUACUCAUUUAGUAAUAGAAGAAGAAGAAAUUCUAGGUACUGAAUAGGAUGUCACUAAAAUCAAAGGAAUUUAGGCAGUCAAUAAUGUUAGAGUAAAUGGCAAAUUUCCUGUAAAUACAAAAUAAGGAGGAUAAAAAAAAAUACAAUAAUAAACACAGAAUAUUUAAUCUAGUAAUAAUUAAGGUUAAAACAAAAAAACUAAUAGUAAUAAUAAUUCUAAUUAUAACACCAUUCGACCUCAAACUACUAAAUCUUAAGUAUAAGUACCUUAAACACCUUUAACAUAAAAAAAGACUAUUUUAAAAAGUAAUACAAAGUCUUUUUAAGAUCCAUUUCAAGAUAGUAUAUGUUUUCUAAUAAAGUAGUACCACAAACUCCUACUUAAAAAAUAAAGUAAAGUUCAUUACUAGAAAAAACUAGAUAAGGAAAGACAAGUUUAGCAAUAAAUAAAGUUAUUGCAAAAAAGAAUCCAGAAGAAGACGAAAGAAAAUUAAUCUCUUAAUUAGCAAAAUUAAAAGAAAAUGUGACUAAAUUAUAUGAUAGUCGAUUUGAAAAAUAGUUAACACAUUCUUCUUAAUUUAUUGAAAAGUAAAAAAAUUGUGUUUAUUUUAGAAAUAUUGAUUAAAUAAUCAGCACACUUAAAUUAGAUUUUAGAUUCUUUGAUAAAGAUAUGUGA